AUGGACUUAAAAGAAUUAGCGAAUUUACCAAUCUUAAAAUUUAAAGAAAAAAAGCUGUUUACAGAAGCAAUCACUCAUAGAAGUUACUCAUACGAAAACAUUAAAGUAAAUUACAGUUAUGAAAGAUUGGAAUUUCUUGGAGAUUCAAUCGUAAAUUUGAUGGUUGGAGAUUUCCUGUAUAAAAAAUUUCCCGAUUAUGAAGAAGGAAAAUUAACUGAACUACGUUUAAAAUUAGUUUGUGAAGAAACUUUCGCUCGAUUUAGCUUGGCGAUUAAAUUAGAUAAACAUAUAAAAUUAGGAAGAGGCGCUGAAUCAAUAAGAAAUGGAAAUAAAUUAUUGGCCGAUGUUUUCGAAUCAUAUAUUGCUGCUGUAUUCAUCGACUCGGUUGACAAAAAUCUUGAUCCUAUUAAUCGAUUACAAAUUUGGGCGGUAAAAAGAGGGUUUGAGACCCCAAUAUAUGAUGAUCUUACUCCAAAAGAUGCACCAAAUACCAACAACACUGAAUUCAGAUUUAAAGCCAUUAUCAAUUCUAAAAUUCAUAAAAUACAUCGCCAAUUAGAAAUUCAAAAAGAUUUUAUUGAUAUUAAUCAAGCAGAAUGGUCUGAAGUAAUGUGUCCAGACUCUGUUUUUUUAAAUGAUGGAUUAGGCGGGUUUUUAUGUUUAGAGGAAAUUGAAGGCAUUGGUAUAGAAUAUGAUGAACAUACGGGAGCAAAAGAGCCUUUAUCCAUGGAAGUUAAUGAAGAUCAAGAUAAAAACAUGGAUAUAAACCACAAAGACGUCAAUGAUUUACAAUCUGAAAGUGAAGAAGAAGAACAAGUUAUUGUUGACAAUAAGAUAGCUGCUGAAACACAAAUUAUUGAGAUUUCAAAUGAAGAAUUAUUAGAUUCAGGGAAAUCGGCAUGGGAUCGGUUCAAUCUUUCAUCUGAUAUGAUGAAAGGUUUGGAAUUGCUUAAAUUUGAUAAACCAACACCAAUUCAAGAGAAAACAUUGCCUGCCAGCUUAACUGGUAGAGAUGUUGUGGGUGCAGCAGAAACUGGUUCAGGGAAAACACUCGCUUUUGGUAUUCCUAUCUUAGAAUACAUCAUUAAAAGGAAAAACAACAAUGAAAAACAGUUCAACGAACUUGUUGGACUUAUUUUGACUCCCACUAGAGAAUUGGCCAUUCAAAUAAAAGAUCAUCUUCAGAGUAUCAGCAAAUUUUCUUCAAUCAAUAUAAUGGCAAUAGUAGGAGGGAUGUCUUUACAAAAGCAACAAAGGUUACUAGAAAAAAAUCCAAAUGUUAUUAUUGCAACACCUGGGAGAUUAUGGGAAAUAUUUUCAGAGAAGGACAUUUUUAUUAAAAAACUUCGACUUGUAAGAUUUUUGGUUUUGGAUGAAGCCGAUAGAAUGCUCGAGAGUGGACAUUUUAAAGAAUUAGAUCAUAUCCUUUCAGUUUUAUCUUUGGAAAGACAAAAUACAGAUCAUCAGGAUUCAAAUAAUGUUGUGCAAUCAAGACAGACAUUUGUAUUUUCAGCUACUUUGGAUAAAACAUUGAAGGAAAAAUUGAAGCAAAAAAAAGGCUUCAUGAUAAAAAAUCCAAAAAAUAAUAAUUCUUCAGGAACUAUUGAUGAAUUAAUGCAAAAACUGGAAUUUAGAGAUCCAGAUCCUGUGUAUGUUGAUAUUACACCCGAAAAUGCUGUAGUUACCACUUUGCAAGAAUCUAAAAUUGAUUGUUUAGCUAAAGACAAGGAUUUGUAUGUUUAUUAUUUUAUAACAUGUUAUCCAGGCCGUACAUUAAUUUUUGUCAAUAGCAUUGACUCGAUUCGUCGGCUUGUUCCAAUUUUGAAAUUAUUGAAAAUUGAAGUUAUUGGAUUUCAUGCACAAAUGCAACAAAGGCAACGUCUUAAGAAUUUAGAUAGGUUCAAAGCAAAUGAUAAUGUGGUGAUGGUUGCAAGUGAUGUGGCUUCGCGUGGCUUAGAUAUACAUCAAGUGGAUCAUGUGAUUCACUAUCAUUUGCCUCGUUCUAGUGAUAUAUAUGUUCAUCGUAGUGGGCGUACAGCACGUGCAAGCAAGGAAGGUGUCAGUUUGAUUUUAUGCAGUCCUGAAGAAUUGAGCUUAUACAGAAAAUUGUGUCAGAAGCUAAAUAAAGUUGGGAUUGCUGAGUUUCCAACGAAUGGAGGAUUUGUCAACAUGAUGAAACAAAGAAUUGAGUUGGCAAGACAAAUUGAUCAAGAUGAACAUAAAUUACAAAAGACAAAUUUUGAAGAAGAUUGGUAUAAGAAAGCAGCAAAAGAUUUGGAUGUUGAUUUAGAUGAUAAUAGCUCGUAA